UAGGAAAGUCAACGGGAUAAUAAUAGAUAAUGAGAUGAGAAAUUGUUAAUCGUAAAUCGAAUGCUUUUCAGUUUAAAAAUGCUAGAAACUUGGCACAUAUCAUCAUAAGUUUGGAGCAUAAAAAAACAAAGAUGACGACUCGUGCAGCAACAUUUAAUUCCAAAAUAAAGAAUCUUAAAGAUUACAGAUUUCGAAUAUUGAACAACCUAACUCCACAACCAAGUGGAAUUGAAAUAGAAAAUACAUUGAAAUAUUUUUCUCAGACUCUAAGAAGUGUACUAAAAGAUGUCCCUAACAUCCCAGCAGAGAGCUAUGGACCAAGACAGAGAGACAGUGUGCGACAGUCUGUGUUUCCUAACCUGAAUUAUACUGGGCUGUAUUAUGCCAUCCUAAACAUGAUAGACAUUGUCCCUACAAUGCAAAUGAAACAGAUAGAAAUAGGGGAGUAUGUUUUGAAAGUGCUGGGAUGUCUUGUUCCAUUCCUGGAGCAUGACCUACUGGAUUCCCUCCCUUACACUGUGGCCUCCACACUGGCCAUCUUCCCUCCCACUCUUCACAAGGACACCAUCGAUCUACUCUGUAGCAAUAUGCUGCCCAUGACUCUAGGUUAUGAUGGCUGUUUUGAGCCAUCUUAUGCCAGUGAAUCUGCAGCAGCCAUUAUUACAAUGGUCCUACAGCAUACUGAUAAUGGAUCCUUUCACUCCCAGAUUCUGGAGUGUUUCAUGAGCAUCAAAAGAGAUCUGAUUAAGGACAUCCUGAGCAUCGUGGCUUAUGGUCCUUUCACUGCCAGGGCCCCUGCGGCUAACCUUCUGUUUUAUUACUGGCCCCAGCUCAACCCUGCACUGACUGAUAGGAGAGGCAUACACUACAAGUAUACAGCAUGGCCCCCAGUACUGUGUCAGAGACAAGGAUGUGUUAAUUCAGGGAACUGUCAGGCCGUCAAGAUGUGUCUGAAUCCUGCCCUUGCCAUCCAUUCUGGGGACAAACCUCCCCCUCUCUACAUCUGUAGUGAUUGCGCAGAUGAACUGAGGAAGGAACACAGUGAAUACAUCACUGACAUCUUGCUGCCAAUGUCUCACGUGUCCACAGUGUGUGAAAAUAAGAACUGUAAGUCUGAGGACAACCUUGCCAUCUGUACUUGUUUCUCCAUUGAGUGUGCCAGCUACAAUGGAAACCGACCAAUCAGAUACUGUGAGGACUGCGACAACCAGCGCCACAAGACCCAGAAAGGCGAGCUGCACAUCUAUCACCGCAGUAUACCAGAUAUCUGGGAUUGUAACAUGGAAGUCCAGAGGUAUCUGACCGAUGGCAUCGUCAGUUUGCUGAAAGAGGCUCAGCCAAUAGAAUCCAAGCGGCUGUUGGAGAUGGGAGAAGAGUACCAGCAAACAACUGCAGAGGGGGAUCAGCUACAGUUGAUUGAGGAUGAGAGGAAGUUGCUAAGUCGAUAUGGAAUCUGGCUGCUAGUGGAACUUUGCACUCCAAGAGACGAUAUCCCCAUUGAGGUGCUAGGCCGACUGUUAGGGAUGCUGUUCCAGUGGUUCGACGCCACCGCUUAUCUGCCUGAUGACAAUGUUGGAAAUGCUUUGGAGAGACUGAAGAAUGAAUAUGUCUGUGACUGGCUGGAUGAGGUGGCCAAGACCCACUUUGAGGUCAUCGUAUCCUGUUUGCUGCCACACCCUGCAGAGUAUGCCAGGGUGGGGGGAUUCUGGGACACCUUGUGUUCCAGGACAGUCCAGAUUAAGGAAGGCCUGAACUGUUUCUUCUGUCUAGUGCCUUAUGAUGUCAUCACUUUUGAGAUUUGGGACUAUGUGAUGCCAUACUGGUUGGAGGCCAUCAGAACAGAGGUUCCAUCUGAGGACCUCCACCACCUCAAAGUCUUAUUAAAUAAAUCUUUUGACAUGGAUUUAUGUCCCUUGCCCUUCGGGACCGACUCAGACAAGAUGUACCACUUUAUUUCAGAGAGGUUUGAUGACAACAGUGCAUAUGUUCAAGAGCAAGCUUUACAAUGGCUACAGAUAUUGUCAACACUGGAUAUCUACUUACCAAUACACAUGCUGCUGAGCAUGUUUAUCUCUGGGGUACAAAACAUGACAGAACUCUUAAAACAGCAGAAGACAGCAGAGCCACAGUCCACUACAGAGGACCCCAAGCCUGCCCAGCAUCAGUCCAUCCCUCGUCACUCCCCAGAGGAGGAGUGCCCCCCUCCCCUCAGUCCGGUCAAGACCCAUGUCAUUGUGGAGGCUUUUGAGAUUUAUGACCGUGAAACAGAACUGGUGCUGCCGUGUUACAUCAUGAUGCUGGACCUGAUUUUGAAACAGUUGGAGCUGCAGAACUUUCCUAAAUACCUAGGUCUGUACAACGAGACAAGUCGACAAAUCAUGCAGCUUCUAAGCCUGAUGCUAGGGACCCCUUGGGAUGGCACACACAUCUGUUCAGACGAACAGCAGGCCAACAGCUGUAUGUUCUGUCAGAACACCGCCCUGUGGCACCAGGUCACCUCACAGGUCAUGCAGAACUUCUGUCCCCUCAGUCAGGUCAAGAUCCCCACUAAGGAAAUCCCACGGGUCGACGAAUCCAAGAGGAUGUCUGCAACGCCCACUUGCAUGUCUAGGAAAGGCUCAAUGACAUCGAAUGAUGACCCAGAAAGUACAGCAGAGGAGAGAGAGAAGGAGGUUCCAGGGUUUGAGAUGACUAACAUGCCGCUACAUCUGCAGCUCUAUCAUUCAUUCUUACAGGAGCUUGGAACUAUUACAGACACAGAUGCAGCGUUUGCACUGUUAACCUCAAUGAAGUAUCUUAUUCUGAAUGGAGAGUGUUUAAACUACACAGUGACACAGUUCCCUGACUAUGUCAAAUUCUCACUCAGCAAGUACUUGAUUCCAAACCUGUGGAAGCUGUUGAAGGCCAAACAGUCCCAGCUGGCCUAUGUGGCCGUCCCCCUCAUGUUACACUGCCUCACUCUGCCCACUGGCUCUGACAUCUUCUGGAAGCUGGUUGAAGAGGACUUCACCAACGAGGAGUGGAAGAUCCGAUUUGCUGCUGUGGAAAAGGUGACAGUGCUGGCCAGAUUCCUGGAGACGGAUGGACUACAGAACAAUCAGGUUAUUCAGACCGCUCUGGCACAUGCCUUCUGUCUCCUGAUUGGCUCAGUGGAGGACAUCAACGCAGCUGUGGCACAGAGGGCCACCCAGUACCUAGAGACCAUCAAAUAUGCUGCCAUCAAGUGUCUGUGUAAAUGCCUAGAGUUCCAGUUUGACCAUGUGAUCAGUGACAGGAUCAUGAUCCUUCAGAGGCUGCAUCUCAUGUCCAACAUCCUGAAGGAUCAGGACAUCCUGAACUGGGAGUUCUUCCUGGCGCGGUUUGAUGCCCUCUCCCUCGAGGCGCAGAUAGAUCUGGAAAACAGUGGUGAAAUAGCUUGUCUUACAGAUCUGACCAGCAGCGACAGGGACAGUGAGCACUUCCUGAGGAAGUUGAACCGGGCCAGGUUUGCCUUGGCCCGGACGGACAGCAUUAGGUCCGUCAGUAGCAGUGCAAAGCCACCCUAUAGGAGAGCUGUGUCGGUACCCAUGCACUUACUGACGAAGACUACUCCACCAAAAGAGACUCGUAGUAAAUGGAAGCUGCUUAUGUAUAAGGUCCUCCUGGAACAAGCCAAGGAAAAGGCCUGCAUAAGACAGCAGUCCGCCCCUCACUUUAACUUGGGCAGACGUAUGACCACCAGGAUGCAGUUUGGGGCAUUUAGCAACAUCUUUCCAGGAGGGAAUAUCAAAGAGUUUACAGAUGAGGAAAGUAAUUUUACAGCCCUGCUACAGAAGGCUAUGGACAUGGAGGGAGUAGAUAGGGACACAGUGUAUCAACUGGUGGCUCUGUUGAUGAGGUUCAUGGUUACAGUAAAACAAGAUGAUGAUAGAAAGAAAGACAACAGAAUCCAGAACAUUGUGCUCAGACAUCUGAAUGUUCUCCUGGGGUACAACCAGACAGAGAAAUCCUUCAGUGUGCCACCACACAAACUCAGAUCCUCUGCUGUAUUUAAUGCAUUCUUGAGUGGAGUUCCAUUUGUUCUGGACCGUAACUUGGAGCUGGGGAACCAGAUCCUCCCAAUCACUCUCUUGUUGCUACAGUACGGCCCCUCCCCCCAGAGGUAUGCCAGUGACUACCAGCCCCCAAACUACACCCUGUGGUACCUGGAGCCCCACACCCGCAUCUCCUGGCUGACCACUCUACUGGUCAUACUUUACAAGUACCAGUUUUACACUUCCCCUGUGUCUGCCAUCAUCCAGACUCUGGUACGAGUCGUCAUCAAUACAAUAGACGCCCAGCAUCAUCGCUGUAAGAAACAUGAGGAUGGAUUUCUGCCACCAAGUCCCUCAAUGCUUAGAAGUAAAGAUUCGACAAAAGUAAAUGACCUUGAGAACAUCCAGGAGACAGACACGCCUCCACAGAGUCCAAAGGUGAAGGACACGGUAGAGGUGAACCUGAUGUCACCCCCGGAGUACAGCACUGUCCAGUACAAAGCAAACAACACAGACAAUGUGUCUCCUUCAGAGGAAGGCCAGGGACAGGAAGUGGUGGAAACCCCCAGAAGACCCUCCAAGCAAAGGAAACCCCCAAGAAGAAUCAUUGAAUACACAGAGCCUGAGACUGAGAAGGGCUUUAAAGGAAGAAAACAGUCACCAAGGAGAGCAGCAGAGAUUAGAAGGGUUCAGCCAAACUUGCCAACUUCUGAAAGAUCCACCUCUCCUGCACGAAUUGAGACAACCCACACCCCAGAGGUGAAGGCAGAGGAAAUUCCAUCAGUAGAUACAAUCAUGGCCAAACAGCUGAAAGAAUUCAGUGAGAAGGAAGACAGGUCAAAGGUCAAGGAUACCUACAACGCUGGCCCACAGGUGUCCCAAGUGUCCCAAAUGACGGACGCUAGUAAAGUGACCAUGUUCAGUAGCAGUGUGACAGAUGCCUCCAGCACGCUGACAGGCCUGACCAGUACAACCGAGCGGAGCAAUGAUAUGACAUCAGAGGUGGAGAGUGGAGCAGAAGACAGUGAGAAGCAGACAACAUCCGACACUGAUGGAGAAAAGUACACAGGGGGAGCCACUGACUCCGGGGAUGCUGACACACAGGAGGAAGGAAAAGAUCUGUCGCACACAGCAAGCCUGCUGAAGGGAACCCAGCCAAGGUUCAGGGCUAGGAAACCCAGAAAGACUGGAUUAAUUACUGUAGAACUACAAAAAGCUUUCCCAGAACUUAAUGAACAGUUGCAAGAGGAGGCUGCUGUAAAACCUGGAGGGAGAAGAGCAAGAAAGAGUGAACUGCUGUCCAAACAGAAAGCUACCAAGAAAGCCUCAUCCUCUAGAUAUGGAGAAAACAUCAUGGUGGAGCGCUGUCCAGAAUGCAAUGCUGUCCUAGAGCAGUAUGACGAGGAUACGAUUGGUUACUGUGUUAUCGUCCUGGCAACCUUCAUACACAGAGAGCCUGCUUUAGCAACACCUCUAUUGUUAGAAACUCUGCAGUGUGUUUCUAGAAUUGCAUCAAGCAGUCCAUAUGUGUGGCAGGUGGACAGCAAUGUCAUGGUCCCAGGAAACAGUGUCAGCAUUGCUCGACAGUUCAUCAGGUGUGUCCUGCAUCAGCUGGCUCCUAAUGGAAUCUUCCCAAUGCUGUUUCAAAGCAACUUUGAUGAUGUAAACUUCUUUAAGACAAUGGCAGCUGCAUUGGCUGACUUUACUGAGCUGCCUUGCCAUGCCCCCAUUCAGCUGCUUCUAGAGGGUUUGAACAACAAAAAGAGCCUACCAUCAGAUACAAUAAUCUUGCUUCUCAACAACUUGGCUGAUUACAUGAACUGUAUCUCACUGGAAACUUCAGCUCCCAUGUGGAACAGCAUUGUGGGUAGUUUUGAGAUCUUUUUUAGGAAGCUGUAUACUGUUCUGACUACACCGUUUGAUCCUUCCUCUCUCCUGAAGAUUAUGAUCUCCAUCUUGAAAGUAUCUGGGAUCAAUAACUCAAGGUCAAUUUUGGACCCAUUCUCCAAACUUCUGAGUUUCACCAUCCUGAAUUGUUCCUUCAAACUGCAGCAGGUUCUGGAUAUUUGCUCUCUCUGCAACAGAGUUUUUGCCAAGGAGAGAGACAAGUUGUACCUGACCAGAACUGUGAUCUUUGAGCUUGUGCAGGCCCUCAAAUUCAAACACAGCUUGCCCGAUGAAAAUUUUCUCCUCUUGGUCCAGUUUGUGGUGCUGGACGCGGGAAGCACCCUGGGCUCUACUAACAUUGUGAGUGAGAUGCUGAUGCUGUACAACCUCCAGAGUCAGAUGUUGAUCAGUACGUGUGCUGCUGAGUGUAUGAGGGACCACCUACAUGAGUGUACAGAGUUUGUGGCAGAUCUUCACACUCUCACCAAAAUCAAGAACAAUAUGAAGGGAGGAAGCAGUAGUCUGAAUGAAGACACUCUUGGAAAUCAGCUGAAGUCUGGGAUAGCCCAGUUUGUUGCCCUGGAGAUCACCCGGGGCAAUGGCAGAGACAACAGGGCAAUAUCUCGAUACUUGCCCUGGCUAUACCACCCUCCCUCUACAGUGCAACAGGGACCGAAAGAAUUCACAGACUGUAUUGGUCACAUUCGACUUCUAUCUUGGCUUUUGAUUGGUUCCCUGACACAUACAGGAAUGACAGAAGGAACUGCCCCGAUUUCCUGUCAGCCAAUCCCAUUGGAUGCGAGCUCCUAUAUUGCUGAACAUGUAUUGGUUAUCAUGACUGGGUUUGAUGAAAGGUCAAAGGAUUCAGUUUUACAUAUGAGUUCCCUGUUCCACGCUUUCAUCCUUUGUCAGUUGUGGACUAUGUACUGUGAGUCGACGGCAGCCCAGUACCCCAUGGACAGUGAGAACCACAAGCUGGCCUCCACCAUGGUGAUGGAUUUCUGGGGGCGGGUCACCCCCGGGAUACUACAGAUGUUGAACACCCCCAAGGAGCAUGAGAGACCACAAAGACAGUUAGCAGAGAUGGUCAAUCUCCAUUUCUUGAGUUUGAUGGAGGCCCUAAGGGAGUGUAAUUCUUCUGUCCUCGCCAAACUUUACCCCAUGUGGACCUCAAUUCUCUUUACCUACCACUCACAGCUGCCUGGCCACCUACAAGUCAGACUCCAGACGGUGGAGAAUUGGAAGCCACCCAGCACCUCCAAAGACCAGGCUUCCUUCAGCAUCCUCCUGACCUGGUUAAAGCGUAUACAGUUCAAACUGGGUCAGGUGGAGGUCCAGUCAUCGGCUGCCACUCAGUUCUACUCUGUGUGAAAAUAACAACUACCGUAUAUGGAGGAUUUGAGGCUGGGUUUGAGAACAAAAUGUAUCAGAAUACAUUGGCAGUUUACAAAGAAUCAGUUUGUAUUAACAAUUUGAUAUGUACAGUCGUUUAGGAUCGUUUUUCAUAUCGGGAUGUAUAACUUGGAGAUACAUGUAUGUCACAAAAAUUCAAGAAUGAUAAAUUGUUAGGAUGAGACUUUAACAUUUUAAAGACAGGAAUGUUUGUGAGAUAGAAAUUUUUGUUAGUGUCAAUUAGAGAUGUUCAAAUACAAAUAAGACACUUUCUCCUUGAACAGAAAAUGUUUUCUUGUUCCCAUAUAUGAAUUUAUACAAUGCAUCAUGUAAUUAUGACUUGUCAAAGGUUAUUUGUUUUUUUGUUUUUUGUGGGGUUUUUAUGUUUGUUUUUCUUACUUUUUUUUAUUAAGUAAAUAAUAUUUUAAAACAUGCCAAAUACUUUAGAAUGUUGUGCAAUAUUUUUUAUUACAUUUGUAAUAUGAUAUUGUAAUAUCGUAUUUUUGUAUAAACAGUUGUUUAAGACCAUUGUUUUUCAUUUUGGAAUGUUUUACUUAAUUAAGACUUUGCAAAAAUAAUCCAAGAAAAAUAACUUGUCAGGGUGGAACACAGAGAUAGUUUGAUAAUGUCAAACUAUUGUUUAUAUUAGAUAUAAAUUGACACAUGUUUUUUGAAAAGAAUUUU